AUGAGAUCUAAAAACGGUAGUGAGAUGUCGGAGAUGGUCCAAGAGAUGGAAGCUAGUGGUGAAGUUGAUGUUCAUUCUCUGAUAAUUCCUUCUGUUGUCCAGGGCAAGCCGAAGAUUCUUCAGCGUGGAGCCUGGACUCAAGCUGCUCCCUGCAAAGAAGAGAAGUUCUUCCGGAAUGUCAGUGAUUCCAUUGGGAACAACUACAGUCCUGCAGCCAGAGACUUUUCAACUUCUCACAUCUACAAGCGCCUCGGUUUUAACGGUAAGAUUCUGCUCCCACCGUCCUUAAGUGAUGGGAGCAGAAUUAGGCCAUUCGGCCCAUUAUGUCUACUACGCUAUUCAAUCAUGGCCUCUCUAUCGAAGGGUCUCAACCCGAAACGUCACCCAUUCCUUCCUUCCCGAGAUGCUGCCUGUCCCGCUGAGUUACUCCAGCAUUUCAUGUCUAUCUGUGGCCUCUCUCUCUCUCUAUCCCUCCUAAACCCGUUGCCGUCAGUCUGCAUUUUUCCCCCAAAGAUGCUUAAAUGUUCUGGAUAUCAUUUUGCUUUAAUCCGAGUUGUUCUGCGGUGGUCAACCACAGAAGUUGAUGGAAACAAGAGCAUGUUCACCUUCCCCACUCAGCCCUUGUCCUUUGUCAUUCCUACCUCCAGCUCCGUGCCGCCAGAUCUCUCCCACUUCUCUUUUUGUUUCCAUGCUUCUAUUGCUCCCCGUCCUUUUCCUUAUUGCCCCUCUCUCUCCCUUUGCUUCAUCAGAGGCUUGCGUGUUCCUGAGAAAGUAAAGGUGAAGAAACCAAUUCCAGGGACCCUGGCACCAUGUGAACAACCGUUGGGUGAUGAUCGGGGACCAUCUCCCUCUCACAAACAUCCGCCGCAUGGAUCGAAAGUUCUCAAGAGCAAAAGUUCCAGGUUGUUGCAAAACAGGAGAUUGAGCCCGCAAUGGCUGCUUCAUGGAGCGCGCCAUCAAGGAGAUUAUGAGGAGUUCUGUACAAAUCUGGCAACUCAAGGAACUGAAUUCUCUCCCACAAAUGGAGCCUCUCCGGUGAGGAUGGCGACGUUUGAUGCUGAGCUCAGCGCUCCUGCCCCUGGGCCUCCCAUCCAGGGGCGACUGUGCAAGCAGGGCGGUGCCCAGGCCGGCCCUGCCAAGCCUAGUCAUGUCGUUAACCGGAUGAAGGGGGCAAAGGUUCCCCGGGUGGCAGAUGAGCAGGUGGAAGGAGGAGGCCGGAGUCAGGUAGAUGGAUUUGCGGAUGGUCGGGAGAGCCUGCCCAGGCAAGGAGAGCAAGUGGAGGGAACGGCUGGAAGGAGACGUGACGUCUCGCCCAGUGACCGCGACCUACAAGAACCCGAUCUUCACCAGCGAGCGGCUCCAUACAACUCAUGCAACAGUGUGGCAUCUGACUGGCACCACAUCAGCAUGGAAUUCUCAGAUGAAGAUUAUACCUUGCACGAUGAAGCUACAAGUGCAGCUCUCAGUGUCUAUUUCCCAGCAGCAAGACAUUCCACACACGGCUUAUCAAGACCAGCUACUCCGAAUGAAGAUCAACUACACAGGUACCAUGACCUUCUUGAAGAAUGCAUUGACCCAUCAGUUGUGACUCCAUUGAGUAAGGAAUGGCUACAGAGAAUCUAUGCCUCCGUCCCAGCUGAUGACCACACACCACUGUGCCAGAAGUUAACGCAGGAAAUUGAGGAUAUGUACACCACUGCCAUUAAGAAGGCAAUCCUUGACUAUGUGCUGUUAGACCCAGUGGAACAAGAGAGGCUCGGCAUCGAACUUCCUCCUAAGGCGUCAGAGACUGCUGGCAGGGAGAGGUUUCCAUGGCAUGAAAGCAUAGAAGGUGCACGUCUCAAGAUCAAAGAUACCUUGUACAUCACUCACCCAGUCAUGUCUAUAAUGCUGCUCAACUUUCAGACCAGAUACAGGAACUUCAGACUGAUUGAAAUCCAGCCCCUGGAGCAGCUUUUCCCCUUCACCCUUGAUCAGCUAAUUAACCACGUUGCCAUGGUUACGAAGACCAGGGUAACCACUUUGCGGGAUCUAUGGCUGACGGAUUGCUGUGAUAUAAUCGGUGAAAACAGGGAGAAGGUGGAGUCCUGGAUGCCCCAGGAUAAUGAGGAGGUGAGAAUGAAGAAGAUGGAUCACUUCUUUGCCAGCGUUGCCACCCUCAUGUCCAAUCUCCUGCGCAGCAUAGUGGAGGCAUCUCUCACGGAAUUGGUACACAUGUUUGAAAAGUACCGGAUUGGGAACAGAUAUGAAGGAGAGUAUCCCACUGAUACCCUUGGACUUCCUGUCAAACCUCAUCCCAUAAUCAUCUUUAUGACACCUCGCGUGGAUGGUAAUGGCGUCACAUUUACCCCGACCAUUGAUGAAGUGAUGGAAGGACUAGGUCAGAUGGUGAAUCUGAUUGUCACUGGUGUCCAGCAGAUCCCCAGGAUUGAACACCAGCUCUUUCAGGCCGUAGACAACCUGGAAGUCAAGUAUAUUGGGUCAGUACAAACGGAAGAGGAAAACGUCCUGAAUAUUAAAGCAAGGCUUCAAGCUGUUGCUAAAAGCAAUAGUUAUGGGCCGCUUAGAUACUGCUCCGUGUAUGAGCCGUACCAGUACCUCCUGUCCCCAGACACUGAGGGUAAGAUUGAGGCUACAAUGAACCAAGAGUUUAACCUGAGUACCUACGUCAGGGAGAUUGAGAAUCUCAGGACGAUGGAUGCAGAGCUAGCUUCCCUUCCAGUCCACAUCCCUCUGGAGUUGCUAAUGCUCGAUUGCUCCGCGUUAAAUCAGCGCCUGGUGUCCUGUAGCCGCAGCCUGGCCGAGCUGGUGGUGGGCAGGGUGGCCCUGGCGUCGGCACGGUUUAACGGCGGUGUGUGCGGCCUGUACGGUGCGGUGGUGCGCAGGGUGACCGGCUCAGCGGACUGCACCGCCCAAUUGGUGCUGAUGCAACGCGAUGUGGAGAACCUGAGGAACCAAGAACCAGAUACAGGUGGGGGGAGGGAGAAGCUGGACGUAGCCGCCGAGAACCUCCUGUUCCUUGUGGAUUACGCCCGCCUUUCCAAUGAGGACAUCUCUCUCAACAGCAAAACCUUCUCGUGGCCGGCCCGCAUCAGGCCGAUCGUGAGGAACAGUGUGAUCCGGCUGCAGAGAGAGCAUGAUGUUGCUGUAUCCCGGCUCCUCCACUGGCAGAGCGACUUCACAAAGUGCCUUGAGGAAACUGCAGCCAUGGUGCGGGAAUUCCAUAGGAGGGACCGCAUGCCCGAGGCCCAGCAUUAUAUGGCCAAGCUGAGAGACAUCAACCAAACCAUCGGCAAAUUCAUCAAGGAGAAAGCCCUGAUUAACCAUGAAGAGGUUCUGUUGGAGACGGGCCACGUUAGCCCCUACCACCAAAUCCAGAGUAUCAUCAAUGCAAAGGAGCCCUUUGAGAAGUUGUGGAAAGCUGCCCUCCAAUUCAACCUGCACCAUGACAAGUGGAUGAAUGGCUCAAUGUUGCAAGUUAACGCUGAAGAGGUGGAACAGGAGGUGCAGAGUUUAUGGAAGAUCAGCUAUAGGUUGACAAAGGUUUUCAAUCACCCAGAUCUACAUGGACCAUUGAAAGUUGCAACCACCAUCAAAACCAAGCUGGAAAAGUUCAAGAUCAACAUGCCUCUGAUCAACGCACUCUGUGCUCCUGGCAUUAAACAACGACACUGGACUCUGAUGAGCCGAAAGGUGGGGUUCAGUAUAACGCCAGAGGAAAGCACCUCCUUAAGUGACAUCCUGCAGCUGGGUCUGGAGAAGCAUUUGGAGGACUUGAGUCACAUUAGUUCGCAGGCGAGCAAGGAAUACACUCUGGAGAAGGCUCUCAGCAAGAUGAGGAAGGACUGGGAAGAAGUUGACUUCACAUUUGUGCGUUACAAAGACACCAGCAUUGAUAUCCUGGCAGCUCAGGACGACAUUCAGGUUUUACUGGAAGACCACAUUGUUAAAACCACAACCAUGAAGGGGUCUCCGUUUAUUCUUCCCUUCAAAGACGAAAUAUCAGCCUGGGAGUCGAAGCUGUGGCUCAUGCACAACACCUUGGAAUCCUGGCUGCGUGUCCAAAUGGCUUGGCUGUACCUGGAGCCCAUAUUCAGCUCUGAGGACAUCCACAACCAGAUACCUGUGCAAGGAAAGAUGUUUGACGUGGUGGACACAAAUUGGAAGCUGAUAAUGAAAGGAUCAGUGCAGGAAGCCAAUGCCAUGCGGGUGAUCUCACAGCCACAGAUACUGGAGAAACUGAAGGAAGCCGAGUCUCUCCUGGAUGACAUUCAGAAAGGACUCAACCAAUAUUUGGAAAAGAAGAGGCUCUUCUUCCCUCGGUUCUUCUUCCUUUCUAACGACGAGCUGCUGGAAAUCCUGUCGGAGACCAAGGACCCCCUCCGAGUGCAGCCCCACCUGAAGAAGUGCUUCGAGGGGAUCGCCCGGCUAAGUUUCAACGCGGAGAAAGAGAUCACCCACAUCGAGUCGGCAGAGGGGGAACGAGUGGAGCUGGACAUCCGCAUCAUCCCAGCCAGGGCCAAGGGGCUGGUGGAGAAGUGGCUAUAUGAGGUUGAAAAGAUGAUGAAGUGGUCGCUGGGCAAAGUGAUGCUGCAGGCCAUUGCUGCGUAUCCGGAGGCAUCACGAGAGGAGUGGGUGCUGAGCUGGCCCGGCCAGAUCGUCCUGUCCUGUAGCAUCAUGUACUGGACUGCCGCCGUCUCUCAGGCCAUCACCCAGCAGGAAGGGCUGAAGGUGUUCCUGGACAAAAGCAAUGAACAGAUUGAAGAUAUCGUCACCCUGGUGCGGGGCAAGCUGACCAAAAUGGCUCGAAUAACUCUGGCCGCUCUCAUCACCAUCGAUGUCCACGCCCGUGAUGUCGUGGCAAAGUUGAACGACCUUGGCAUCAUCAGCACAACUGACUUUAAUUGGAUCGCUCAGCUACGUUACUAUUGGGAAGAGAAGAAAAUAGUGGUGAGGAUGAUCACAACCACCGUGCCUUACGGCUAUGAAUACCUGGGGAACACUGGAAGGCUUGUCAUCACACCACUCACUGACAGGUGCUACAGGACAUUAAUGGGAGCACUGCAGCUCAACCUGGGAGGGGCCCCGGAGGGACCUGCAGGAACUGGGAAAACAGAAACCUGCAAGGACCUGGCAAAAGCAGUGGCCAAACAGUGCGUUGUGUUUAACUGCUCUGACGGGCUGGACUACAAGGCAAUGGGGAAGUUCUUCAAAGGUCUGGCACAGUCCGGUGCUUGGGCUUGCUUCGAUGAAUUUAAUCGCAUCGAGUUGGAGGUCCUCUCUGUUGUUGCACAACAGAUUCAAACCAUCCAGCGAGCUGUGUCAGAGCAGGUGAAGACAUUUGUGUUUGAAGGGACAGAGAUAUCGCUGGACUGUUCGUGCACUGUGUUUAUCACCAUGAACCCUGGCUAUGCGGGAAGGGCAGAGUUACCCGACAAUCUCAAGGUGCUGUUCCGUACUGUGGCCAUGAUGGUUCCAGACUACGCUCUCAUCGCUGAAAUCUCCCUCUACUCCAUGGGCUUCGUCAGCGCACAAGUCCUGGCCGCAAAAAUCGUCGCCACCUACAGACUCUGCUCUGAACAGCUUUCCUCGCAGCAUCACUACGACUACGGGAUGAGAGCCAUGAAAUCAGUUUUGACAGCAGCUGGAAACCUGAAGGUGCGGCACCCCGAGGAGAAGGAGGAGGUGCUCACACUGCGGUCCAUCACCGACGUCAACCUCCCCAAGUUCCUGUCCCAUGAUAUACCGCUCUUUGUCAGUAUCAUUUCUGAUCUCUUCCCUGGCGUUGUCUUGCCAACUCCUCAUCACGGCUGCCUGGAGAUCGCCAUCAGGGACAUCAUUCACACACUUCACCUGCAGCCAACACCCUGGUUCAUUGAGAAAAUCAUCCAGAUUUACGAGAUGAUGCUGAUGCGGCACGGCUUCAUGGUGGUGGGCAGUGCUCUCGGGGGCAAGACCAGCGCGUUGAAGGUGUUGGCCGGCGUGUUGGAGCUGCUGGAGUCCAGAGGGCAGAUGGAUGAGCACCGGGUGCAGUACAUCAUCAUCAACCCCAAGGCGGUCACCAUGGGCCAGCUGUACGGCAGCUUUGACCCCGUCUCCCACGACUGGAGUGACGGAAUCCUGGCGAAUAUUUUCCGUGAACAUGCCACCAGCCCUACCAAAGACCGGAAGUGGUGCAUCUUUGAUGGUCCAGUAGAUGCAGUUUGGGUGGAAAACAUGAACACAGUCCUCGAUGACAACAAGAAGCUGUGUUUGAUGAGUGGGGAGAUCAUUCAGAUGAGUUGCCAGCAGAACAUCAUUUUUGAGGUGCUGGAUCUGAAGCAGGCAUCCCCGGCCACAGUCAGCAGGUGUGGGAUGAUUUACAUGGAGCCCAUGAAUCUGGGCUGGGGCCCCUUGGUGCAGUCCUGGUUGGCAAGCAAACUUCCCCCCCUGCUCACGCCAGAACAGAGACAUACAGUGCGGGCGCUGUGUGACUGGCUGCUGCCGCCCAGUUUGGACUUUGUGCAGAAGAGGUGCCGCCUGGUGGUGCAGUCGUCGGCCAUGCACAUGACCAUGUCCAUGCUGAAGAUCUACGAGAGCUUGCUGGCAGAGAUCAGCUUAUGUGACGAUGAUGUGGACAAAGAGGAAGAGAUUUUUCAGGCUUUCAAGAUAAUGGAGGAGAAGAGUUUCUCGGCCACACUACAGAAGGAGCAGGAAGAAAUCGGCAACACACUCGUUGCCUAUGCCUUCUUCUCCAUCGUCUGGUCUAUUGGCGGCAUUCUUGACUCCUCAUCUAAGCCCAGCUUUAGUGAUUUUUUCCGAAGGCUUUGCGAUUGGGAGUCCAAACCGAAAGAGCUAAAGUUUCCCAGGGCUCUACAAAUACCGAGAAAGGGAAGUGUUUUUGACUUUGUCUAUCUGAAGAAAACCUUCUCAUCGUGGUGCUCCUGGAGGGACCUGGUUAAUGGUGUAGCUGUGGAGCACAUGAUCGAGGCUGACAGUCUCCUGCAGCUGAACAAUAUCAUUAUCAACACCACAGAGACGGCCAUGCAGACCUACUUCCUGGAGAAGCUGCUGAUGCACGAUAAGCCGCUACUGUUGGUAGGCCCCACGGGCACGGGCAAGACGGCCAUCACCAACAGCUUCCUACGACAGCUGUCCCCCGCGAGGUACACAGUGUGUCAGAUCAACUUCUCCGCACAGACCUCCGCCAACCAGACCCAGGACAUCAUCCUGGCCCGCCUCCAGAAGCGUAGGAGGAAUGUUCAGGGUGUCCAACCUACCAAACAGCUGUGUGUGUUUGUUGACGACCUCAACAUGCCGGCAAAGGAGAAAUACGGCGCACAGCCGCCGGUGGAGUUGCUACGACAGUGGAUUGAUCACGGUUACUGGUUCGACAGGAAGGACACCAGCAUCUUCCACGUACGUAACAUGUCUCUGGUGGGAGCGAUGGUGCCCCCCAGUGGCGGGCGGCAGUCCGUCAGCCCGCGGUGCCUACGCCACUUCAACAUCAUCACCAUCGAUGCCUUCAGCCAAGAAACCAUGAAGACCAUCUUUCAGCCGGUGGUCGACUGGCACUUCAACAGGGGCUUUGAUAUCUCCUUGAAAAGAUACUCCAGGAUUUUGGUGUGGGCCACCACGGAAAUGUACACCCAGGCUGUGGAGCACUUUCUGCCGACACCAUCCAAGUCACAUUACAUAUUCAAUCUGAGGGACUUCUCCAGAGUCAUUCAGGGUCUGCUACUGUUCAAAUCAGACUGCGUUCCCCAGGGGACCAAAGGAGACCACAAGUUGAUGAGACUUUGGAUUCAUGAAGUCCACCGCGUGUUCUGUGAUCGUCUGGUUGACAGUCAAGACAGGAAGAUCUUCUUCCAGAUAGUCAAGAACGUGGUACAGACACAGUUCAAGGAGAAAAUCAACAACCUGUUCCAGCACAUGGCCAUCGGGAGGGACCUCAACAAUGACGACAUGCGUCUUCUCUUCUUCGGAGAUUACAUGCCACCGAAAAGCAACGAGAAGAGGAAGAAAGCUUACAAUGAAAUAACCGACUGGAGUGAGCUGAAGAAUACUAUAGAACGCUACCUGGAUGAGUUUAAUCGCAGCAGCAAGGCUCCCAUGGACCUGGUGAUGUUCACAUUCGCCAUCGAACACAUCUCACGUAUCUGCAGGAUCCUCAGGCAACCUCACGGACACGCUCUGCUGGUUGGGAUCGGAGGGAGCGGCCGUCUGUCAGCCACCCGGCUCGCUGCCUUCAUGUGCGAUGCCAGUAUGUUCCAGCUGAGCGUACAGAAGGUCUACACCCUGGCGGAGUGGAAGGAUGACCUGAAGAAGGUGCUGCGGGCGGCCGGACUCAACGGAACGCCCACCAUCUUCCUCUUCAUAGACCACCAGAUCAAGGAUGAAGCCUUUCUGGAAGACAUCAACAUGAUCCUGAACACUGGAGAUAUCGCCAACCUGUUUGACAGCGAGGAAAAGCGGGCAAUCGUUGAGAAGAUGAGGCAGCUGACCCCAGUGCGGAGAGCUGAGGAGGAGGAUGCCCGCAUCAGCACCUACACUGGCUUCACUGAGAGGAUACAGCAGAACCUUCACGUGAUGCUGGCGUUCAGCCCCAUCGGAGAGGCCUUCCGCAACCGGCUGCGCCAGUUCCCCGCCCUCAUCAACUGCUGCACCAUCGACUGGUUUCAGGCCUGGCCUGAAGAUGCGUUGGAGAAAGUGGCCAAUCAUUUCCUGGAUGAUGUUGAGAUGUCUCAGGAAAUACGCAGUGAGGCCGUCUUCAUGUGUCAACAUUUCCAUCAGUCGGUCGUCGCCCUGUCUGAAAGGUUCCAUAACUCUCUUCAAAGGAGAAUCUAUGUCACGCCUACGUCCUACCUCGAAUUAAUUAAGAUAUUUAAACAUCUGCUGGAAAAGAAAAGACUGGAGUUGUUGACGAACAAGAACCGAUAUGUAGUCGGACUGGAAAAACUGGAAUUUGCAGCCUCUCAGAUCGCGGUGAUGCAGCAGGAGUUGACGGGCAUGAAGCCGCUGCUGAUGCAGCGGGACCAAGAGACGGAGGAGCUGGUGGGCAGCAUUGCUGCUGAUGCACAGGAGGUGGAGGUGGUGAAGAGGGUGGUGGAGGCGGAGGAGGAGGUGGUCAACAUGGCCGCGCAGGUGGCUCGGGCCAUCAAGGUGGAGUGUGAGCAGGAGCUGAGUGUGGCCAUGCCCGCACUGACCGCAGCCAUCGCAGCCCUGGACACCCUCAAGGCCAGUGACAUCACCCUGGUGAAGACCAUGCAGAACCCCCCGUCUGGUGUCCGCCUCACCCUGACCGCCGUCUGUGUGCUCAAGGGAAUUAAACCUGAGAAGAAGGUGGAUGCCAAUGGGAAGAGCACCGACGACUACUGGCCACCUGCGAAGAAGAUGCUCGGAGACAUGAAGUUCCUGGAGUCACUGAAGGAGUUUGAUAAGGACAACAUCCCAGCUAAGGUGACAGCUCACAUCCGAAGAGACUUUAUCAACAACCCUGACUUCCAGCCAGCGGUCAUCAGGAACGUGUCAUCAGCCUGCGAGGGUCUCUGUAGCUGGGUCCAAGCCAUCGAAGUCUACGAUAAUGUAGCAAAGAUCGUGGCCCCGAAGCGGCAGAAGCUGGCAGAGGCAGAGGCAGAGCUGGCAAUCCAAAUGGAGAAGCUGAACAAGAAGAGGGGCGAGCUGAUCCAGGUCAGGAGCAAGCUGCAGGUCCUCCAGGGACAACUGGCCCACAAAGUGGCAGAGAAACAGCAACUGCAACACAGCAUCCAGAUGACCCUGUUGAAGCUGGAGCGAGCUGACAAGCUGAUAGCCGGGCUGGGAGGGGAGCGGAAUCGCUGGACCUGUAUUGCGCAGCAGUUGGACGACACGUACCAGAACAUCAUCGGUGACGUGGUGCUGAGUGCCGGCAUGGUCGCCUAUCUGGGACCUUUCACUCCCGAAUACCGGCAGAACGUGCUGAAGGAAUGGUUGAGCAUGUGCAAGCAGAAGCAAAUCCCUGUCUCCAACAUCUUCUCCCUGUCUAACACGCUGGGCGAUCCAGUGAGCAUCCUGGAGUGGCAACUGCAUGGACUGCCCAGGGACAUGUUCUCCGUCGACAACGCCAUUAUCGUCACCUCUGCCCAGCGCUGGCCUCUCAUGAUCGACCCGCAGGGCCAGGCCAACAAGUGGGUGAAGAACAUGGAGAAAUGCAACAAGCUCCACGUCUGCAAGCUCACCGAGUCUGACUACAUCCGCACGCUGGGCAACUGCGUUCAGUUUGGAAAUCCAGUCCUGAUUGAAAAUCUCUCGGAAGAGCUUGAUCCCAUCCUGGAGCCCUUGCUGCUGAAGCAGACGUUCAAACAGAAUGGGAUGGAUUACAUCCGGCUUGGCGACACCAUCAUUCAGUACUCCAGGGAUUUCAAGCUCUACAUGACCACCCGCCUUCGCAACCCUCAUUAUCUACCGGAGGUGUCAGUCAAGGUGACGCUGUUAAACUUCAUGAUCACCUCGAUUGGGCUGGAGGACCAGCUGCUGAGCAUUGUGGCAGCUAAGGAAAAGCCAGAGCUGGAGGAAAAGAAGAAUGUUCUUUACGUCGAGAGGGCCCAGAACAGGAAGCUGUUGAAGCAGAUCGAAGAUCAGAUUCUGGAGGUGCUGUCCAUGUCGCAGGGGAACAUUCUAGAAGAAGAACGGGGGAUAGAGGUGCUCUCCUCCAGCAAGCUGCUGUCCCAGGAGAUCCUGGAGAAGCACGAAAUCACCAUGAGGACAGAGAAGCAGAUCGAUGAGACCCGAGAUGGCUACCGACCUGUGGCUGAACAUUCCAGCGUCCUCUUCUUUGUCAUUUCCAACCUGGCGUACAUCGACCCCAUGUACCAGUAUUCACUCACAUGGUUCCUCAACCACUACAUCAACUCCAUUGACAAAAGCACUCCUUCCAGCCAGCUGCAGGACAGGAUAAAUAACCUCAACGCACACUUCACCUACAGCAUCUACCAGAACGUGUGCCGGUCGCUGUUUGAACGGGACAAGAUGCUUUUUUCCUUCCUGCUGUGCGUGGGGAUCCAGAGGAGCCGCAACCUGAUCAAUGAGGAUGAGUGGCGCUUCCUACUGACCGGUGGUGUGGCCUUGGACAUCCCCUUUGUCAACCCAGCCCCGACUUGGGUGAAGGACAAGUCCUGGGCUGAAAUAGUCCGCCUCGCCACGCUCCCUGCCUUCUCUGACCUCAACAACCACUUCAGCUCAAAGCUUUCUGAAUGGAAGAAGAUAUACGAUUCCUCCCAGCCUGAGAAAAUGUGUUUGCCUGAUCCCUGGGACAAAGCUCUGAACCAGUUCCAAGCCUUGCUUGUGCUGCGAUGUGUCAGGCCCGACAAGGUGAUCCCAGGCAUCCAGCAGUUCAUAGCUGAGAAGAUGGGGGCUGAGUACAUUGAGCCGCCAACCUUUGACCUUCAGCACAGUUAUCGGGGUUCCAGCCACGCCACCCCACUCAUCUUCGUCCUGUCUGCCGGGGCCGACCCCAUGACCCUGCUGGUGAAGUUCGCCGAGGAGCAAGGGAUGGGGGGACUGAACCUCCAGACAAUCUCCCUCGGCCAAGGACAAGGACCCAUCGCUGGGAAAAUGAUUGAAAAGGCUGCGGAGGAGGGCAGAUGGCUGGUGUUACAGAACUGUCACCUGGCCCACAGCUGGCUGCCCGAGCUGGAGCAGCUGUGUGACGAGUUGAUCACGGACAGUGAGAGGACCAGGCCCGACUUCCGCCUGUGGCUCACCAGCUACCCCUCCCAGGACUUCCCCGUCUCCCUGCUGCAGAACGGCAUCAAGAUGACCAACGAGCCCCCCAAGGGGCUCCGAGCAAACCUGCUGAGGUCUUACCUCAACCACCCCAUCUCAGACCCCCUGUUCUUCACCGGCUGCAACAAACCACAGGUGUGGGAGAAGCUGCUCUUUGCCCUGUGUUUUUUCCACGCUCUUGUUCAGGAACGCCGCAUGUUUGGUUCCAUCGGGUGGAACGUUCCCUACGAGUUCAACGAGUCUGACCUGAGGAUCAGUGCAAGGCAAAUCCAGAUCUUCCUGAAUGAGUACAGCCAGGUCCCGUUCGAGGCGCUGACCUACCUGACCGGCGAGUGUAAUUACGGGGGCCGUGUCACUGAUGACCACGACCGGCGCCUCCUGCUCAGCCUCCUGCAGAACUUCUACUGUCAGCGCCUCCUCACUGACACACACUACAACUUCUCACCCAGUGGCACCUACUUCUCCCCACUCACCAGCUCCUAUGAAGGCUACCUGGACUACAUAAAGCAGCUGCCUCUCAACGCUGACCCUGAGGUCUUUGGACUGCACGAGAAUGCAAACAUCAUGAAGGAGCAGAAGGAAGCACAGAAGCUGUUUGACGGCAUCCUGACCACACUCCCCAGAGAGGUGAAUGGAGGAGCCAGAUCAUCUUCUGAGAUCGUACAGGAGCUGGCCAUUGAUAUUCUGUCCAAAAUACCUCCUGACUUUGAAAUUGAGGAUGUGACGAGCCGCUACCCCACCAAGUACAGCGAAUCGAUGAACACUGUGCUGGUUCAGGAGCUGCUGCGCUUUAACCGCCUGCUGUCCAUCGUCAGAGCCAGCCUGAGGGACAUCAACAAGGCCCUGCGUGGCCUCAUCCUCUUGUCCAGCGAGCUGGAGGCCAUGUUCAACAGCAUCAUUGUCGGCAAGGUACCCAGCAUGUGGUCGGCAAAGUCAUAUCCCUCGCUGAAACCUCUGGGAAGUUAUAUCACUGAUCUUCUGUCCAGGCUGCAGUUCUUCCAGGACUGGAUUGUCCACGGGAUGCCAGUGGUGUUCUGGAUCUCUGGCUUUUACUUCACUCAGAGCUUCCUGACGGGUGCUCUGCAGAACUACGCACGCAAGUACCUCAUCCCAAUCGACCACCUGGGAUUCCAGUUCAACGUCACGGACCGAGAGCUCUCCAUGCCAGCCUCGCCGGUCGAUGGCGUUUACAUUAAAGGCCUUUACAUGGAAGGAGCACGAUGGGAUUGGUUGAAGCGUGUGAUUGGGGAGUCCCUUCCCAAAGUGCUCUACGACAGCCUACCGAUUAUUUGGCUCAAGCCAGGCGAAAAAUCUUCAUUCAAGGAGCAACCUAUCUACGGAUGUCCAGUUUACAAGACGAGCAUUCGGCGAGGAAUACUGUCAACAACCGGCCACUCCACCAACUACAUUCUGACCAUCCACCUUCCGUCGGAUCAGCCUCAGAAUCAUUGGGUGAACAGAGGAGUGGCCUGCCUGUGUCAGCUUGACUACUGACCGUUGCUGAGGUCCGCUCAAGGCCUGAACCUGGAGUAUGUGGGUCUGAGCCGACAGUAGUUCAGCACUGCUCUCUGGUUGCCAUGGGACAGUUCAGUGUCAGGCAACUGAACCAUGCUACUGCAACCAGAGAGCAGUCCUCAACUGCUAUCCAACUAGUUUUAGUUUACUUUAGUUUAGAGAUACUGCGUGGAAACAGGCCCUUCGGCCCACCGAGUCCGCACUGACCAGCCAUCCCAGCACACCAACAAUAUCCUACACACCAACAAUAUCCUACACACACUAGGGACAAUUUACAUUUUACCAAGCCAAUUAGCUUACAUCUUUGGAGUGUGGGAGGAAACCGAAGAUCUCUGAAAAAACCCACGUAGUCACGUAGAGAACGUACAAACUCCACACAGACAGCACCCGUGGUCAGGAUGAAACCCGGGUCUCCAGCGCUGCAAGGCAGCAACUCUACCGUUGCACCACCGUGCUGCCCUUCGAUUGGACUUUACUGGCUUUAUCUUGUAAUAAAUGUUAUUCCAUUAUCCUGUAUCUGUACACUGUGGGCGGCUCGAUUUGUAAUCAUAUAUUGUCUUUCCACUGACUGGUUAGCACGCAACAAAAGCUUUUCACUGUGACAAUAAACUAACCUGAAACUAAACCAACUCCCUUGGGCUGAAGCAUGAAGACGGGG